AUGUCAACUAAUAAGAGUGUUUCUUUGCUUAAGGCCAUCAAGCCAUACAAACAAGGGUGGCGUAUUCAAGUUAGGUUGAUUCAUUCGUGGAGACAGAAAACCAUAUAUGGAGGAGAUAGUCUUGAGAUGAUCUUCGCUGAUGUUACAGGUGAUAAAAUCCACUGUACGUGCAAGAGGACUUACAUUCAACGUACGCAACGUGACCUACGUCUUGGUGAAUGGCAUAUGAUAGAUGUAUUUUCGUUGUCUAAUGCAACGGGACAGUAUCGUACAACGAACCAUACAUACAAGAUGUCCAUCAUUGAGGACACAAAAAUAUCAAAAAGUCCCUAUGUGUGUGAUGAUAAGUUCUUCCGUUUUGCCGAUUUUGAAGAGAUUGGAAAUGGAACCCUCAAAACUCAUUUUCUAAUUGAUGUCAUUGGUCAAGUGACCAGUCUUCGUGACAUUCAAACUGUCCAAGUUUCUGGCAAGGAUAAGAAGAAAGUUGAAUUCCGUUUACUGGACAGCAGUGGUCAGAGCAUUGCCUGUUGUUUGUGGGGAAAGUAUGCUGAACAGCUUGAUGAUCAUCGCCAACAAACAAAAGAUCCUAAUAUGGUGUGCUUGAUCCGGUUUGCGAAAAUUGGGUUUUACAGAGGAGAAGUUCAAGUAACCAAUGCAUUUGAUGCAUCACUAAUCCUUUUCAAUCCUGAGUUACCCGAAACUCUUGCUUUAACAAACGUGGAACAUAAUGAGCUUGCUCUCGCUCUUAUUGAUCCAAAGAAAGAGAAACGUGUGACCAGAUACCAAGCUGAGGAUUGGAAUGAUGUGGAUAUUAAAUCAAUCUCUGAGAUCAACAUGGCAACAAUGGAAGAGGAUUGCAAAAUCAUCUGCUCAAUCGAAUCUAUAGAUACAGAUUGGAGCUGGUUUUACCAAGGCCAUGACAGUUGUAAGAAACGUGCAAUACUAAUCAAAUCAAAGAGUGGAAAUUUGGCUUCAAAUGAGAAACCAGUUUUCUGGUGCACAAAUUGUCAUACUAAUGUCACCAGUGUAUCUCCAAAAUUCAAAUUGCAUCUGGUUGUCAAAGAUGACACAAGUACUUGCAAACUGAUGAUCCUUGAUACAAUUGGUAAAGUCAUUGUCGGAUGUGAAGCAGUAGAGCUUUGGGAUGGUUCCUAUGAUGAGAUUGAAGAUCCUGAUGUCUUACCACAACCUAUUAACGAUUUGGUUGGGUUAUCAUUUUGUUUUGGUGUUACUCUUGGCUCUGAGAAUGUUUCCGGUGGAUCAGAAAUCUUUUUGGUUUCACAAGUUUUGUCUGGAGACAAGCUUCUCCAAAUCGAGACAAAUUCUGAACCCAUAACUCAUGUUACAGAUGGUUCAUCAAUCAUGUCUGGUGGAGAGGUGUCUGCACCAGAAAAGAACAGUCAGAGUUCAGAAGAAGGUUCCUCAACCCCCUUCUCAAAGCGCAAAGAAAAAGAUCAACUUGAGCAGACUUCAACUUCCAAAAAAAUUUGUACCAAGGCUAUCAAGAUGGAGAAGAUUAAAGAUGAUUAG